AUGGCUAACAUGCUCUCCAUCGACGCUCUCUACUCUCUUUCUGUUUGGUUCUCCAACUCCACCUACAUCUAUCUCUCUGUCUCUUUCAUCCAAAUGUUUAAGGCUCUCAUGCCCGUCACUAUUUACUCUAUCAGUGUUCUCUUCAAGAAGGAGAGUUUCAAGAAUAAGACCAUGGCCAACAUGCUUUUCAUUUCAUUCAAUGUCGCCAUUUGCCGCUUAUGGAGUACCCUUCUCUCAGGGAUAACUCCAGUUUUCAUCAGGAUUUUGUCAUUUUUGGGACUACUCCUUUUGUGCUUUUGCUUUGAACCUUGCCGUGUUCUUGCUCAUUGGAAAUACUUCGGCUUUGACCAUAAAGUUUGUUGGAGUGGUGAAGGACUGGCUCCUAAUGCGUUUUCGUGGUCGGCGAUUAAGGAUACUGUCACACAGAUGAAUUUGUUUGGGUAUGAGUUAGUAUUCUUGGGAAAGGGGAGAAGGGAAUCAAACACAGUUUUAGAACCUUAA